UACCGUAAAGCUGUUUGCCAACCGAAGAAAAUACCAGAAAAGAAGAAAAUAUUCAAUAUGUCUGCGCCCUUCAGGAAGGUGGGAAAGAAGCGGGCUGUUCGUAACUAAUGCUAAUAAUCAGUUUCUAAACCGUGUUUAAAUUAUUUAGGACUGGAGCCUGUUUCGCUAUAGCCACCGCUAACGGGACAAAAUGGACGGAGGCUUUUGGCAGUUGGAAGUUUGAUUUCAGGAUCACAUUGAGCUAGCUGGGAAUCUUCAGUGAGCUGUUUACCUUAUCAGAUUUUAAUAUAUUGUUUAUGUCGAAAUUCACCUUAAGUGCAAAAACACCGGCCAGCAGUCAAGUUUCAUCAAAGAUUUUCUAAAUCCAAACGAAUAAUGUGUCGUUGGGUUUAGCAGUCACACCACUGACUCGAAACUGUUACAAAAUUGAAAGAUUCGUGAAAAUAAAGUUAUCACUGUCGUAUUAUAUACAAACCGAAUCAAAGGAUUACUUUCCGGUGUACUGGCUCUAUCUCAUUAUCAUCUGGGGGGAAUGUAUUUUUGUUAAAACAUAAAUAAAUACUAAAUCUGACAUUUUCUGAAUGAAAUUUUGGCCAAAUGGACUAGAGGAAGGCAAAAACCAAGUCAUAUAACGGUCUGUUUGCUACACUGUGAACCUGCCACCUACAUCUACAUGUAAAAUGGCUUACAGAAGACUUGUAAACUGUGUGCUGAGAGGAAAAGCAUCUGCCUAUAAUCUAUGGAUACCUCGUUUUCAAAAACCGCAACAUUUCUUAGGCCAAACUGUUGAAAAUAGAACUACAAGGACUCUUUACAUCAGUACGCCACUGAUGGUGAAGUUGCUAUCGGUGAAUGAGCUUUUUGGCAGGAAGUCUCUGCAGGAGCACCUGAAGAAGACAGAGGCAGAGUACAGCGAAUCUUUACAAGCUCUCAGUGUCAAUGUGGGUGAGGAGCAGUGCGGCGAGGAUGAACUGAAGGCCAAGAGGACCAAAGUGUCCCUGCUGGCUCCUCUUAUCCAGACCAUCAAAGAGCUGGACUCCAAGCAAAAAGAGAUUGCAGAGACUGAGAUGCUCCUGAAAGAUGAAGACCCAUCUUUGCGAGAACUGGCUGAGGUGGAGAGAGAAGGUUGUUUGGAAGAUAUUCAAGCUCUUAGACAAAAGAUUUUGGAUCUAUUGAUUCCAGAGGAGGAGACUGAUCUGAGUGACCUAAUCCUGGAGGUCACCGCUGGUGUCGGGGGUCAAGAAGCGAUGCUGUUCACUGCCGAGGUCUUUGACAUGUACCAGGGCUUCGCUCAGCACCACAGCUGGUCCUUCGAUGUCCUGGAGUACACGACCAGUGAGCUAGGUGGACUACGUCACGCCUCAGCUAGUAUCAGUGGGCCUCAGAGCUACAAAAGGAUGAAGUUUGAGGCUGGGGUUCAUCGAGUUCAGAGGGUUCCCAAGACUGAAAAACAGGGUCGGAUGCACACCAGCACCAUGACUGUGGCUGUGUUGCCCCAGCCCACUGAGAUCUCUUUUACAAUAAACCCAAAGGACCUGAGGAUAGACACUAAGAGGGCGAGUGGAGCUGGAGGUCAACAUGUCAAUACCACAGACAGCGCAGUCAGAAUAGUUCAUCUUCCUACAGGUGUGGUAGCAGAGUGCCAGCAGGAGCGGUCCCAACUGAAGAACAAGGAGAAAGCCAUGAAGGCUCUGAGAGCAAAACUGUACAGCAUGAAGCUGGAAGAGGAGACCAGCAAACGCUACAACCAGCGGAAAAUACAGAUUGGCACUAAAGGCAGAUCAGAGAAGAUUCGGACCUACAACUUUGCCCAGGAUCGUAUUACAGACCACCGGAUCGGCAUGACUCUGCACGAUGUAAAAAGCUUCCUGCUGGGAGAAGAUCUUCUGGACGAGAUGAACUCCUCACUUCAAGAGUUUUCCGACCAGGAGACUCUCAUGGAACUGCUGGGAGAAAACAGUCAGGACAGCUCAUGAGUUUGUCUCUGACGGGAUGGAAAUGUCUCUGUACAUUUUUCAAAUAACGCUGUAAUGUUGGUCAUUCCUUGACUGCGAAAGAUGUGUGGGAAAGAGAAAACGAUGCAUUGUGAGGGGGCACAAGUCUCAAUAUUCCUGCUAAUACAUGUCCAGAAGUGGCAAAUAAAAUGACUGAAUUGCGCAGUUAUCAUAAAGUGUUU